AUGAUAAAACCUCUACGAAGAGCAACGGGGGACCCUUCGGAACGUGUCAAGGACUGUGUAUCGGACAUCCUCGGCACCAAGGAAGGAAUCACAGCAAGUUCAUGGAAAACACGGGAGCGUUCACCCGGACGGGACAACUACGAAACGAGGGGCUCGCCCCAGAGCCAGAAGAAGAGGGAGAGUGGUGGGAAGAAGACGAGGGCGACACAGAAGACGAGCAUGGAUAGCCGCUGUGCACCCACCACACUAUGGAACACGACCAACCCAGCUGGCACCCAAGACACGCUCGCAAAGUACCUCAUGGCUUCGGCCAACCACAGAAUCAAACUAAUCAAUUAG